AUGGAGAAAGAUGCGCAAACUCAGCUCGAUCGGCAGUUCAUGUUCACUUGUCAGCUUGCGGCACCGUUAUACAAUUCAGUAAGUCAAAUACUGAACGAUAAAGCACUAACAGCACAGUCAUCGUCCUCAAUGGAACAGACGUACUUGUGGCCCAAGAUGGUGCCAAACUACAGUUCAUUCAAAAACGAUGAUGAACUGAAAGCUACCAUAAAUGAUUCUCAGGUGAAGCAAGAAUCACGAUUCCUGGAAUCUGGUAGAGCAAUUGAAGACAACUGGGGCAAUUGGCCUAUUUAUCCGAUCACCGACACAUCCAGAUUCUCCACUCCACAUACUGUUGGGCUUAAGAUUUCGGCAAGUUCCGAAGGAAAAAUCGAAAAUUGGCUUUUGGAAAUACUCACAACAACAGAGAAAACAGAUACGGCUUCCACUACUGUAGUUACUAUUGCAACUAAUGCUACUAUGGCUACUCCUAGCACCGCAAAUGGUACUGCAGACUUUAGCACAACUGCUGAAGUAUCCAGAAAAGAUGUGGAUGUUUCACGGAAAGUACUAGAAGAAACCAAAUCCUGGCGUAAUGAAAUAUUUGUUCCCCUGUAUCUGAAAGCGAAAGCACCCGAACAUGCUACAUCAUCGCUACUCGCAACAACAGCAACACUGGGAACAAAAACAGCACUUAUGCAGACAAAUACCAGCAACGAAUGGUCUGUGAAGACGGAGCCUAUGGAAUCAGUCCGGAUUUUUGCAACUCAGUCACCGCAGCCAAAUCGCACAGCUUCUGAUUAUAAUACCGUGUAUAUGGAAAUACAACAUGCAGAUGGGGCUCCGUUCGGUAGUACAGUAAAUCGGCCAGUUCGUAUUGGUGAAAACAUUACACUGGUGGAAACAAUUCUUACGAUAUAUUUGUUCACUCUUGUUAUGCCAGCGAUAGACAGGGCUCAGCAAAAAUUACGCUCAUCGACCGAUUUGGGUUAUCCUUUUGCGCUCAUUGUUUCAUUAACAUUGUAA